AUGGAGUUUAAAUUCUUGCUAUCAUUUCUGUUAAUGAUAAAUGGAUCAAUUGGUAAUGAAUUGAGUAUAAUAAACAAUUGUUCAUUCCCAAUUUGGCCUGGUAUACAGGGCAAACCAGGGAAGGCUCAUUAUGAGAAUGGUGGUUUCGAAUUGGCACAAAAUGAAACAAAAAUUAUUAAUACAUCUCAUGAUUGGGCUGGCAAAAUUUGGGCAAGAACAAAUUGCGAUGAAUCAGGAAAAUGUGAAACUGGUGAUUGUGGAAAUAAAAUACAAUGUAAUGGUACUGGUGGUGUACCACCAGUAACAUAUGCUGAAUUGACCGUGAGAGGUUGGGCUUUAAUUGAUUAUUAUCACAUUUCCCUUGUUGACGGUUACAAUCUGCCGAUUAGAAUGACACCAACUGGUGGAUAUAAAAUGACCAAUGGUGAUGAAUAUGAUUGCACAUCAGCCAGUUGUCAUACUGAUCUAAAUACAAAAUGUCCGACAGAAUUGGCCGUUAACAAUUCAGAUGGUUCUACUAUUGCUUGUAAAAGUGCUUGUGUAGCUUUUGAUACUGAUGAGUAUUGUUGUCGUGGUGCUUAUGAUUCUCCACAAAGAUGUAAAAGUAAAAAUUGGCCUUUUAAUUAUCCACCAAUAUUCAAAUCAGCUUGCCCAAGUGCAUACAUCUAUGAUUAUGAUAACACACCAAGUUUAUUUGCUUGUAAAGGUAAUUUUUAUACAAGUUAUGACAUUGUUUUUUGUCCAUAA